AAAGUUCGUACCUACACUUACAAUAACAAUGAGAUGAUGGAUGCCACCGUUGUCUACUUGGAUGCAUUUCUAGGCGAUGAAGAUGAAUGAAUGGAAAGAGGAUCCCAUGACAAUAGAAUUGGCGAACACUCUCCAACAUAUCUCUACCCUGCCUUAUCCUGCUUUCACCUUGUGUGGUCCAUUACGUGUGGCAAACGAAAAUGUUGAAUAUCUUUUGAAGAAACUAGAUGGUGAUGGAAAUUACAAGAUUGCAGAUAUUCUAGGUAUGCCUGUAAGAGCAUUUGAUGAGAUGUUCAACAUGAGUUCAACUGGAAAUAGUUCAGAUAGUAAUAGGGAAAGAUUUUUUAUAUCUUAUUCGAGUCUUGAAACCUUCCUCCUUGAUUCCUCAUUGUAUCAUUAUCCAUCAAUCUCACCACCAUUUUAUUCUGGACCAGAUCGACCAACUUUCCUGUUUAGGGAACUCUGCUGGUCCAGCAACAUUCUUCCAGCUUCGAAGAUCUACAAGAUGAAUACAGCACAACAUCAUUUGGACUUGGAAAUAAGAAAUAGGCAUGGACUGAACAUUCAAUUAAAUACUGAUAUGAUAAAUGGAUUCCCGUCAUAUACAGAACAUUGGUCGCAAAAAAGGCCAUACUACUUCAUUCCUCGACCAUUGAAGAUACCAGUUUUGGAAGUGCAAUCAGACAUAACUUAUCAUCUGCAUGAAUAUGAAGAGGAGGACAAGUUUAUUGGCAGGGACAAAGGAUAUCGGUUUACAAUCCACAAUCCUUGGGAUGUCCCUAGUCCAUUCAUGAGAUGGCAUCGAUUCCAGCCAUCAAAAGACUCUCGCAUUCUAAUUGAACCUGAACUAAUAAUAAAAUAUCCAGUCAAUGAGAACGAUUUUCUGUACAAAGUUCCAUAUGCCAAGCAAUGCUACAACACAACGGAGAAAACAUUGGACUUCUUUCAAUAUUAUACGCGACAAAACUGUUUAAUGGAGUGCUCCACCAAGAGAGCUUUGAGAGAAUGUGGAUGUGUUCUGUUUUACAUGCCACACAACGAAUCAACAUACAUAUGCUCUGAUGAAUACAGCUCCUGUGCGGUGGAUGUUGCCAAAGCCACUCAUUAUGACACGGGUGACAGGAAAUUUGUUGAUCCUUGUGACUGUUUGCCAUCUUGUAACUACAUUGACUACAAGGUUAUAUCUUAUGAAACAGAAGGUAUUGAAAGUUUAGAUUCCAAAAUUUCCUAUUCUAAAAUUGAAUUCAGAGACGUUUUCUUCUAUCCAAAAGUUCGUAGCUACACUUACAAUAACAAUGAUAUGAUGGAUGCCACCGUUGUCUACUUGGAUGUAUUUCUAGGCGUGAGUAUAAUGACUGUAGCCGAAAUAUUCUACUACAUUUUGUUGUAUGUUAUAGAUUAUUUGAAAAGGAAGAUACAGCGAAUGUUUGAUUGGCUGUAUAUGUCAUAA